AUGAAGCAAAUUAGACAUUUCAGGAUUGUUGCAAAAGUGGUCAACCCGGAAAGUGUGAGGUGGCUGGCAAUCUCAGGACUGGCAGGCAAUGGACCAGACAAAAAGCCGCUACCGCUACCGCGCGUACCCACGAAAGGCGGAACAAUCGCAGCCAGCGCCUCCGCCGAUGGUGUCGCCGCUGCCUGUGGCGGCGGCAGCAUCCACGACCCGACCACCAGUGUCGUCUCCGCCACGACUGCCCCUGCAACCUCCUCUGCUUCCACCGCCGCCACUGCAUGGUCCCAUGACAUUAUCCUCCUCGCCUCCGACCGCUCCCGACUAGGCCAAUUCGUACAGGCAGAGCUGGCACCGCUCCUGCAGCAGCAGCAGCGGCAGCCGCAGGCUGCAACAGCUGCCGCGCCAGCGCAGCAGGCUGAGCCGUCCAGUCCCCGUCUCCGGGGCGUCACACACAUUCGCACCGCCUGUUUUGAUUUGGGUGACUUGGAGGGCUUGGAAACCCACAUUGUACGGCUGCUGUCUCCUGCCUCCACCAAACCAGCUACAGAUGCAGGCCCUGCUGGAAAUGGCAACAACGGCAUCGGCAGUGAAGACAUGCCGGUGAAGCAUCCGUCGCAAGCGGCGUCAUGGCUCGCCACCUCCACCUCGACAAGUGUUGCCGCUGAUGGCGGUGGUGGUGGUGGUAGUGAGGGUGCCGGGCUGUUGCCGCUGCCUCCUUCCGCAUACACCCACGUGCUGCUCGUCCACAACGCCGGGCAGGUAGGCGACCUGGUUCCAUUGGAGCUGCAGGUCCUCGCCAACAUCCGCCGCCAGACCGACCUCAACGUGACGUCGUUCGCGCACUUGACUGCCGCCGUCCUGCGCACCUUCCUCUACACGCCCCGGCUGGAGCCGCCGCCCGUUCCUGCAAGCGCUGAUGCCGCAACGGAGGCCUCCGAGCCAACUUCCAGCCAGCAGCCGCCGGGACAGCAGCACUCCCAGCAGCCGCAGCCGCCGGGACAGCAGCAGCAGCAGCAGGAUCGCCAAGACCAUCAGAGCCGUCAGCGGCGCGUAAUUACCAUCGUGAACAUCUCAUCAGUCAGCGUUGACCAACCGUACGAGCAUUUCUCGUUGUACGGCAUGGGCAAAGCGGCGCGUCACAUGAUUGUACGGAGCGUCGCGCACGAGGCGGCGCUGAGGGAGACUGGAGGCCUCGUGGAGACAGCGGCGGCGGCGGCGAAGGGCGCGUCGGCGGCAGCGGCGGCGGCGGCGGCGGCGGUUGGGGGAGCGCCGCUUCAGUGGGAGUGCUCACCCGGGAACACCACCGGCGGCGGCGGCGGCGGCGGCGGCGGUUUGCAGCCGGCGGCGGUAGCCCGUGUCCGGGCCCUCAGCUACGCUCCGGGAGCCAUCGACACUGAGAUGCAGGCAGCAGCUCGGGAAGCUCUACCUGCGGGGUCGCUCAAGUCCCGCUUCGAGGACAACGCGCGAAACGGCCGGCUGGUUGACCCACGGGUCAGCGCGCAGGUAUUGUACGACAUCCUGGCCGCAGAUGCGUACGACAAUGGCGGCCACUGGUUUAAGAAGUUCAGUGACAUGGGAGAGCUGGGAACCUUAACCGGCAAAUCCUGUGAACACCGGAGCCAGCAAGUUGAUAUAAUGCUGGUGUGCAUGUGCGGACUGCCAUCAGUCGUACUUAUCGUACGGGCUUUGGAAGAUGGUAUGGUCCAGGUCCAGCGUGACUUCUGUUUACGUUGUGCUGGGCUCAAGCAGGUACCCCUCCGUCUGUACGACUCCUAA